CUUCUUUCUGCUCCCUUGCGUUCCGCUGAAUCUCUGCAUCUACAAGCUCCGGUGAAUACGAGGCCGAGGCGAUUAUAUUGCUCAAACUUAUAUUCAGCUGUUGAGCUGAAUGUUCAAGUCAUCUUGAGCCUCGCUCUUUGGAUUCAGUUUUAAAGAAACGACAUUUGAUGGAAAUGGCAGACUUAAACGGGUCCAUGCAGCUAGCAGCAAAGCGGAAGUCACCACCUGAGACCAUGCUUGGUGGUUCCGCAUCCGAGCAGAAUAGACCAUGGUUACAGCAACUGUCUCCAGCAAGCAAUGGGAUUCUGCAUAUUCCGACUAAUAUGCUUUCUCAAAAGACACUACAUUCCCUGAUGCAUGGCAAGAAAGUGAUGCAAAUCGAUCCCCCUCUCCAGAAAUCUGUAAAGCCUCUUGUAAACAAGAAACAGCAAAUCCCACCUCGAGGCUCUGUGAAAGCCAAGGAUGAAGUCAAUGAGUCUGUGAGGUCUAAAAUGAGGGAGUCAUUAGCAUCUGGCUUGGCCUUGGUUCAUCAACAUGAUGAAUUCCCAAACGGGAAAGAGAAUUUAAAGACCGAAGAAAUUCCUGCAAUGACUCAGGAGAAUACUCAAAGUUUUAAGCCUGCUUCAUCUGCUAGCAUCAAUGUCCCUAUUGGCGAAGGGACCGUCUCAGAACUGCCCACCGGUAUUGAAAGUUCUGUGCAGAAGGACUGUGAGAUUCCUGUCGACAUCAGUAUGGAAGAUGUUAAUCAAUCUGAUGAACUUAAGUCUCAAUAUGAUGAGGUUUUCCCUCGGGAUAAUGUUCCUUUUACAGAUAUUAUUUUUCCAAACGAUGACCUUUUACAUGGUAAUGAACUCUCAUGGGUUCUGGAAAAUGUUUCAGAUCUUGGCGAGACAAAGGAUUUUGGAACCGGUGGUGAAAAAUCUUUUCAGGAUCCAAAUGUUUUGGCAUCUAAAAUUGAAAUGGAACUGUAUAAGCUAUUUGGAGGUGUGAACAAAAAGUAUAGAGAGAGGGGAAGGUCCCUCUUAUUCAAUUUGAAGGAUAAGAACAAUCCUGAGCUAAGAGAAAGAGUUAUGUCUGAAGAAAUAUCUGCUGAGAGGUUGUGUUCUAUGACAGCCGAAGAAUUGGCUUCCAAAGAGCUUUCUCAGUGGCGUCAAGCCAAAGCUGAAGAGAUGGCAGAAAUGGUUGUCCUGCGGGAUACAGAUAUUGAUGUCAGAAGUCUGGUGAGGAAAACACAUAAGGGAGAAUUCCAGGUUGAAAUUGACCCAGUUGAACGUGGCACCGUAGAUGUCUCUGGUGGCAUCAUGUCACGUAGCAAGCGCCGACCCAGAGCCAAAUCUGAUUCUGUUAAAACAACUCUCAAAGAUGAGCCAGCAAAAGCUGAUGGUGAAAAAGAACUCGCAACCCCUCCCUCAACUGAAGAGAUCGAUCCCAUGCAAGGUUUGGGGAUAGAUGAUGAAUUGAAGGACGUGGAGUUUCUUCCUCCAAUUGUAUCACUUGAUGAAUUCAUGGAAUCCCUAGACUCUGAGCCUCCAUUUGAAAGUCCGCAUGGUAAUUCUGAAAUGCAGGUGUCUUUGUCUGAGAAAAGUGAUUCCGAAGCUAGGACAGACUCAAAAUCUCCUGUAGGAUCUCCUAAAGAACCAAGUAAUAAAAAUCUGCCUGAAUCAAAACCUGAAAAGAUUGAUGAAGCGUCCCCAAAGCUUGAUGCCAAUGUCAAAGUUGAUGACGAUGUCUCUAGACUUGAGAAAACAUCUGCACUUAGUGUUGUUAAGGAAGAAAGAGCAUGGGAUGGAAUACUGCAACUGAGUAUGUCUUCUGUAGUCCCUGUCACUGGCAUAUUCAAAAGUGGUGAGAAAGCAGAGACGAGCGAGUGGCCGGCGAUGGUGGAAGUUAAGGGUAGAGUUAGGCUGAGUGGGUUUGGGAAGUUUAUUCAAGAGCUUCCUAAGUCUCGAACCCGUGCCCUAAUGGUAAUGUACUUGGCUUGUAAAGACGGCAUUUCUGAGAGCCAGCGUGGCAGCCUUUUUGAGGUUAUUGAUUCCUACGUUGCUGAUCAGAGAGUUGGCUACGCAGAGCCAGCCUCAGGAGUGGAGCUCUACCUUUGCCCAACUCGCGGAGAGUCUCUAGAUUUGCUUAACAAAGUCAUCUCUCAAGAUCAGCUUGAUGAGGUCAAGUCUUUGGAUACUGGAUUGGUUGGAGUUGUUGUGUGGAGACGAGCCGUCAUUCCCAAGCCAAGUUCCGGUUCAAGGCGUCAGUAUUCUUCUUCUUCUGGUUCGAAAACCUCUGUUUUGCCCCUAAACAAGAAGCAGAGAGUCAAUGUCACAGAGAAGCCUCUUGUUGUUCCAUCGAUGAGGAACCAUCAUCAUGGUUAUGGAGGUGAAGCUGCAAGACAUGAUGUUGCUGCUGAUGAUGAUGAUCUGCCGCCUGGAUUUGGUCCUGUAUCUUCAAGAGACGAUGAUGAUUUACCGGAAUUUAACUUCAAUUCCUCGGUUGUGCCAGUUUCUUCACCUAAGCCAUUACCGGCUCAAUCGAAGUCUUUGGAUCAAGUAAGAAAGCUCAUACACAAGUAUGGAAAAUCUGCAAGCAUCUAUGAUGACGACGACGACGACAUACCUGAAUGGCAGCCACAUGUCCCUAGCCACCAGCUUCCACCGCCGCCGCCUCCUCCUCCCGGCUUCAGACCCGAGAUAUUAAGACCGCCUCAAGAUGGUUGGUGGGAUAAUCAAAAUGGCGGCUCAGGGCAACACUAUGAUGGGAACCAGUCAAGAAACAGAGGAUUUUAAUAUCUCUGUUGAUAUCGUUCUCUGUAAUUGUAGUUUUUUGGUUUCCUAGUCUCCUUUUAGCUUUUCUUAUUCGAAAACUCUUAAAAUCAUUUUGGGUUUGUAGCCAUCGUAGAAUGCAAAGUUUAAAGUCCCAAAUAAAACCUUUUCUUAGUUUUCCCUCAAAAACCAAA